AUGUAUAUGCAGUACAUGGCAGAAACGGACGCGUCUGCUCAGCCAACAGACUCAACGUCUGCCACUGGUCCUUCUCAUAUCUCCCACAAGACGUCGAACGAGCUACAAAGUAUAUCCGACCGACUCAGAAGCAACAAACGUGGCUCCGAUUAUUUAGGCUCAAAUGAGCCAUCCACCAGCAAACGAUCCAGGCAGGACGAAGAGAGACAAAUCAAGCAAGAGGAGAGGAAUAUGAAGAAAAAGAAGUCGAAGAAACUUCAUCCUAUCAUCCAGAAUGGGUUGUAUGCUGCAGAAAUGUUCGCGGCUCAUACCGCGCGCCAGCACGUCAUCUCCUUCAUAGUAAACAACGACAUCAUUUAUAUCUGGUGGUUCGAUCGUCAGCACACGAUUCAAUGCGCUGGCAUCAACUUUGUUCAGGACCUUCCGCGCUUUGUGGUCUUGCUAUUCAUCAUGCAGCGCAUGGGAUACAAGCAAUGGGGCCUCCACCCGUUAUUCGAACGUGAACCUGGGCCAGGAUCAUUGGAUUUGAACUCUGACAAGCGCACGACUCAUUUCGGUCUACGCGGACGUGCGACUACUGUUUUUCCAGUGAGGAGCAAGGCGCUUUCGGCUCUGCCGCGUCGGUCCCAUUUUCUCAACGAAUCCACCGAAUUUUUUGCCAAGUUUUUUUGGCCAGAAGAGGCACGCCAGAGCGAACCCGAGAUUCUCGAAGAGGUGUACAAGAUUGCGAAUGAAGAUCCUGAUAUGUUGGGUCAUGUUCCAGAGAUGGUCUGGUUCCACAAAUUUGAAGGGACGUCCACCGCGACAAUCGGAAAGGCACUAGGAAUCGACGACGCGGGCAGCCGCGUCCUAUAUAUCAUCGUGUUCAGAAAGCUUGACCCCAUUACGUCGUUAAGCGGGGAAGAGUUCCUCCUUGCAUGGUGGGGAGUCGUCAAGUGCCAUCGCGCCCUCUGGAGGAGGGGCAUGCAUCACCGCGACACCAGCCCCAGCAAUCUCAUGGGAUACCGCUUACGUGGCCGAUUUAUGAGCGUCCUCAAUGAUUUCGACUUGUCAUCGAUCAAGCGAUUUUGUCAUCGAUUCAAGAAGCUCCCAAAGGCUUCGAACGCACAGGAACGGUACCAUUCAUGGCGUUGGACCUUCCCAUGCCAGAAGCCAUCGCAGGCCAAGUCGAGCACAUGUACCAUCAUGAUGCUGAAUCCUUCAUCUGGGUCCUCAUCUGGGUCUGCCUUCGGUAUGAUGAGGGCAAGCUCCUCAGCAAGGGAAGACCACUGGAUGAAUAGCUGA